UAGUCUUCUUACUGAACGGUCUACUGCCGAGAAUCAGCUCGCUCGCUCAACAAUCCUUACUUUUGACCAAUACUCGAUCUGCUGCCCGUCCUUCUACUAGCUCUUAUCAAACGACCAUGUCUUCACUAGAAAAUUCGCUUGAUACAAUCCCUACUUCGUGCACAUUCUGCGGCAUCGGCCUUCUCCCUGAUCCAAAAUCCACGCGUUCAGCCCGCGUAACAGAGCUUUUGCAACAAAAUGGACCACCCUCGUAUACUGCAAGGCCGGCCCUUUUAGCUACUGUCCAAGCUGGGAAGGCAACGCUCUUGAAUUUCGACGAGGAGAUCAAAAAGGCGCGAGAAGUGCUGGAAAACCUUUUGCUUGAAAGAGAACGCGUCGCGCUUGAUGUUGCAGAUGCGGAAACACUCUUACACCCCAUACGCUUACUAUCGGAUGACCUACUCCGCGAAAUAUUUUCGUGGUGCGUCUACGACUGGGACGAUAUUGUCAAGUGCAGAUACCUCCCAAACGAAUCACUUGAUCCCCGUCGUCCUCCAUGGACGCUCACUCGUAUCAGCAGAAGAUGGCGGGAGAUUGCCGUGUCUUUUCCACGUCUAUGGUCUACUAUGAUCCUCGACUUUUCCGAAUAUAUCCGUUUAGAAAUUCCAGGAAUGACUUGUCUGUUCCGACUUGGGCUUUACCUCCAGCGAUCCAGAGAUACCGAUCUUUCUGUUUCAAUUCACAGUAACAGCCAAUUUAUCUCCGACCAGCCUUCUUUAACGCUGCUGGAGACGAGUAUGUCUCGAUGGAAACACCUGCGUCUGCAUAUUCUACCUAACGCAUUGAAGUUGUUUUCGGGUAACACCUUUCUUCGCUUGCAUACACUCAAAAUGAGGGUCAACAGUCGAGCAACUUCGUUGGAAAGAGCCAUUACCGUGGAUGUGUUCCGAACAGCCCCUCACCUCCUCGACUUCGAGUCCAUGCACGAUGCAGAACCCUGCCGCAUUUUACGACUUCCGUGGUCCAAAAUUACCACGUACGCUUCCCAGGAUGCUACCAGCGAACACAGCUGGAAUGCUUUGGAGAAACUGACAUCUGCCAAAGUACUAUCUCUCUGUUGUAGCGAAUCUGCGAAUUUUCCUGAUAAACCUGUCGUGAUGCCCUCCAUUCUCAAGAUCGCAGUCAAGGAGUCCCGUGGAUCCUUGACUGGAACCAUUGCCCGCGUCUUCCAGUGUCUUCAUGUUCCAUCACUCAAUCACCUCAAUCUUUUCUUCACGGCAGAACACGCUGACAUCCACUUCCCUAAUUUAGGCGCCUCUGCCACAUCCUUGACCCAUCUUCGUUUGUCUCGUAAUCUACUCCCUGACACAGAAAAUAUUGCACGUUUCAUCGACUUUCUCAAAACAACGAUCCAUGUCGAGAGCCUUUGUCUCCACAUGGCCGAACUUCCCGAUAAUCUGCUUAUCGCACUCACUCGCACCAAGCUCAACGCCAUACUACCCGCACUUCGAAUCCUCACAUUCUCCUCCCGCCUUCUUACUUUCAGCACGGAACCAUUUUUACAGAUGUUCGAGUCGAGAUACAACGAUGCUCGAAGAGGUCCCGGAUUGAUGGCGAAUGAUGGAAAUGGUAGAGGAGGCGACGCUAUCAACCCCCCUUCCCAAGGCUCGAGCUCGAUGCGACCACAGCAUGCAUCGUUGAAGGAACUCCGGAUCAAGAGACGUGAUGCGUUGUCGUUCAAUAGCGUGGAAGAUAAGACGCGCUGGGACAGGAUAUGCAAGGGACUCAACGUCAUUCACAAAUGGAUAUAAAUGUUACCUUUAUUGGAUGCAAUAUGAUCUCUGUUUACGCUCAAUUGACCUGCACCUGUGAGUUGAUGCCGAGUCUAUACAUAGUCAG